ACAGAGAAGGAGGGGAGAAGCUAUGGAUGGAGAGAGAGAGAGAUGCUGUUGCCAGGGAACAGCAGCCACAUAGAGGACCACUGAAAACAACAGCAGGAUUAUCUGAUGGGGUAAAGGGAAACAGAGACUGGUGCUCAUUUUCCCCUCACGGAGAGGGGAUUGAAUUGAUAUUUGGGAGUGGAAAAAAAGGUAUUUGGAUUUGCAAGCAGGGAAAAGAAGGCGGUGUAGGGAGGGAUAUCAUGAUGCCAGAGCAGAUGCAUUCUGAUUAAAGGAAUUUUGUGUCUUGGUGGUGUGGACGUAUGCGAGCUGAGAGGCAGGCUGUCAGCUCGUUCUUCACGGCCAGUCUUUCCCCAACAAAGGUGGCCAGAGGCGGAGGAGAAGAGGGGGGGGGGGGUCCACCACAGAGGUGCCCCCUGUCUUUAGACACCUGCUGCUGGCUAGCGGCUGACAUCGAGGACACUAGGACUGUGUCUGUGCACAAGUGUGUGUGUAUGCAUGUGAAUGAGUGUAAGACAGGGAGCGUGAGAAGAGAAAAUUCAGCCUGACCUCUGCUUUUCUGUUGAUGUGGAGGAUCAGGAAUUUCUCCCCUUGAAUCUUUGCAUCUGUGACUGAGGAGGAGGGAGGACACACAGACCAGCGAGAGGUUUUGAGGGGAUCUCACAACGCUCAUUCAAACACGUGUUCCUGCAGUGCAGCCAUGAAGCUGACUGUCUAGCCUCUGCUCUCUUCCCUGAGGGAUGGGCACCACAGAGGCAACUCUACGAAUGGAGAACUUGGAGGUGAAAGACGAGUGGCAGGAUGAAGACUUCCCCAGACCACUACCAGAGUACGGAGACAUGGAUCCCUCUUGUGGUCUCACAGACGACAGAGCCUCUCCCCCUAACUUCCUGAAUGUAAGCCCACCUGGAGGAGGAGGCGGCAUGUCCUCGUCCCACCGCAAACGGCGUACGUUGAUUGCCCCGGAGAUGAACCUUUCACUGGACCGAAGCGAGGGCUCUUUGCUGUCAGAUGACUUCCUGGAUACACCGGAUGACCUGGACAUCAAUGUUGAUGACAUCGAUACGCCCGACGAGACAGACUCGCUGGAGUUCAUCACCAAUGGCAAUGAGCUGGAGUGGGAAGAUGACACGCCGGUGGCCUCGGCCAAAGCAGGUCCCGCUUGCGGUUCAGGAGACGUGGAUGAACAGGGGAAUGUCAACAACGGACGCCUCUGGAGGACGGUGAUUAUCGGAGAACAGGAGCAUCGUAUUGACAUGCAGGUCAUCAGGCCCUACCUCCGGGUCAUCACACAUGGAGGUUAUUAUGGCGAGGGGCUUAAUGCCAUCAUUGUUUUCUCUGCCUGUUACCUGCCUGACAACAGCUGUGCAGACUACCACUACAUCAUGGAGAACCUCUUCCUGUAUGUGGUGAGCAGUCUGGAGAUGCUGGUGGCUGAAGAUUACCUGAUCAUCUACAUGAACGGAGCCACUCCUCGGAGUAAAAUGCCUGGGAUCAGUUGGCUCAAGAAAUGUUACCAAAUGAUUGACAGAAGAUUAAGGAAGAACCUGAAGUCUUUGGUCAUCGCUCAUCCCACAUGGUUCAUACGCACCGUCCUGGCUAUAUCCAGGCCCUUUAUCAGUGUGAAGUUCAUGAAUAAGAUCCAGUAUGUCCACAGCCUGGAUGAACUUGCAGAGAUCGUCCCCAUGGAUCAUGUCCAUGUACCCGAGUGUGUAGUGCAAUUUGACGAGGAGAGGAUUAAAGUAAGGAGGGAAAGGAUGGAGCAGGAGCACAGACAACAGCAGCAGCAGCAGCCAAUCCCACAGGAGCCAAUUAAAAAAUCUGAGAGGCCGAAGUCGAUGCUUGUAGAUCAAGAGUAAUGAGGACAGCUUCUCAGCAGGUAAAGUGUGUGACAGACGUAUGGAGAAUGAACCUUUGGAUUUUUACCCGUAUGAAGCAGCGGUGUCCAACAAGUCUACUGUACGCUUCCCUGUUUUACCAACAUCCAGCUGUAGAUUUGUGCCACGAAGAUGGUGAAGCUCCUCCUCAUUAACCCUUUGUGUGGAACCCCUUCUUCCUCUCUGCCAGUGGGGUUUUCAUAUGGAAACUUGAAAAUGUACAAAGGAAGUGGCAGGAAGUGUUUCAUUAUGGAAAGCUGGGUUCAUUGACUCAUUAACCUGCUGUGUGGUCGGACCUGUUGUAUCGCCCACAUUGUAAUAUUACAUCAUCGUGAUGCUCUGGAGGACCAGGCCAUUGACAGAAACUCACGCUCUAUAAUGCAAAACAAAAUAAACUGGAAGACUAAAGAACGACAGUGUUGGGUGAAACAACUGUAACUCCAAUUGAUGAUACUCAUGUUGUAACUUAGUUUAGGAUUACGCCUUCAAAAACUUUUUGUUAAUAAUUAAAUAAAUAUACAAAAUUAACUGGAAAAAAUGACGAAUUCUUCAUCAAAAAUCUGACAAUUGGAGAAAUCAGCUUUUUGCCUGAUACAACUGAUGUGAACAUAUGUUAUGAAAUAUUUAACACUUGGCAAGACCAGAGAUGUCGAACAGAAACAUUACUGAUGUAGCAGAUGCUGAUGUUAGGUCAGUGUGUGACCAAACAUACAUUUAUAUUCAUGCUGGUUCGUGUGAAUAUAAUGUGUGUUCGAUGUAAAUAAUGCAUCCGACACCUUCAUCUUUGUUUGCCUCACACCAGCUGUAUCUCUCUUUUGCCGUGGUGACAUUUUGAAAAUGUCCAAAUGUACUAACAUCUGUACUGUAACAUGUGUUAUUGGUGUGCCUCAGUGUGUAGAAAAAUACAGAAACAUGAACAAUAUUUUAAUUUGUGACCUGGAAACCCCAAAUGACAAAAUCUUUAAGAAACAUAUAUGUGUUGUAAAAUACAAUGCUUGUUUAUUUUGUGUAACAUGGUUAUGGCCACAUAAAUAUAUGUCAUACAACAUUAAACACAUGUGUUUUAUAUAUCAACAUUUAGACUGUAAUCAUAUUAUAUAUUGUAUGACAUAAGACGAAUAUAAUUCUAACCCGCCGUAGACAAAACAUCUGCAAUAAUUUUGUAUGAAAGUGGCAAUAAUCAAGACACAAUACACAAACAUUGUACAUAUGAUUAUGCAUAUUAAUGUUAUUAAUUGUGCAUAUCUAUAAUUCUUAUUGAUCUGUUUCAUAUGGGAACGUUUGCUGUCAGCUUAGGUUGUGAAAUCAUAUUCAUGACCACUAACUCGAUGAAGUAUAAAGUGGCCUCUGAGGAUCUUUUUUCCAGAAUCAUGAAGUUUUUGUAGCUUAUGUAAAAAAUGUAGCUUGUGUUCAGCAGAGCGGCAGCCCCUUUAUGUUUUUAUGUGGUUGUGUCUGAUGAACCUUUGGGACGAUGUCAGCACAUUCCCAUAUUUAACCGAAGUUUUAACAUUUCUCAAACGUCCUAAUGCAUUAGGGAUUGGAUGUUUUCUGGGGUUGCAUUGAUUUUCUCUCGUGUCUUCCAUCUGUUCAACUUAUUGUAGCAGGAGAGCAGAGGAGUAAGAAUUUAUUAUUUUUGUAAAGAACUGCAUCAAUUGUAAUGCCUGCCUGCCUUGUUUUGCACUCAUAAGAUUUGGUUAUUUUUAGGUGGAGAAAAGUUUACUGAAAGCAUAUUUUGUGUAGCAUUGAUGGCAUGCAGUUGUGUAGUUCGUAAAGAAUGAACCUUUUUAUGCUUCUUUGUUACAGAAAACUAGUCUCAUGAAAUGUCUGUUUCUAAAGUGCCAUCUCAAUUAAAUUCUUUUGCCUUUUUUUAGGUUCAACUUUUCAAAUAUUGUUAGUCCUGUUCGGCUGUUUUCAAACCAGUAAACCAAACAUGAGCAGUUUCAUCAAAUAUUGAUCUUCCUUGAUAGAACAGCUCAGUUACUGCAGCUCGUCAUUCUUUGUGUUUGAGGUUUGUUUGCACUGUGUGCCUAUUUUUGCAUCAAAUGAUUUUUAAAAAUCCAGACAAAGUGACAUAAAGUGAAGCCCUUCCAUUUGUAGUUAUUGUAGUUUACAGGUUUAUUAUAUUAAACUUCACCCAGUAAUAUAAGCAAGGUUUGCAUAGAAAUGGUUUGUAUGACCUUUCCAAAAAUCUAAAUGUUCAUUUUGACUAUAAAAGCACAAUAUUUAUAUUAUUACAAAUUCUUUGCCUACCAUUUGUCUGCCGUAAAAUGUUUGCUCAGAUUUAAAUGGGGAAGAUGAUCUAUCAUUCAUGGUUCUGUGCUUUAGAUUGAUAUGAUCGAUUAUGCCUUGUACAUAUAACUGAAUAAACUGUUCCUCCCAAAA